AUGAUAAACAAGAAACGCCAAACAAGAAGUCAGCAACAUCGGAAAAGACAUGAAAACUCUACAAAUGUCCUAUAUCAACCAACAGAUAUUGUUUUAGCUAAAGUUAAAGGAUAUCCUGCAUGGCCAGCCAUGAUUAUACCGAAUGAAAUAAUCCCAACUAAUGUUUUAAAAUCUAAUCCGCAUAUAGAUGCAGAUAAUGAAAGUGAUCAAGCGUCUAGAACUGACAACAACGAUAGUGAUAAUUACAUUUCUUAUUCCAAGAUUCUUAAAUUCAAAAAAUUUGAUAAGUUACAAGAUUCCUAUUGUGUGAAAUUUUUUAAGGAUGAUUCCUAUAUCUGGGUAAAGUUAAAUGACUUACAGAAAUUGUCUUUAAAUGUUUGUCAGGAUUGGUUAAAGAAAAAUCAAUCUUCUGGUAAAAAUAAACGAUUAAUCCCUGCAUAUGAAAUGGCGUGUCAAGGGUUUAAAAGUCCUGGGAUCGAUGUAUGGGAAUUUGUUGAGUAUGGUUCGAAGAAUAGAAAAACCAAUGUUGAUGAUGAAGAGUACAUAGAUGAAGACCGAGCUUCGUUAACGAACAAUGACAACAAUAAGAAGAACAAGAACACAAAUCAGCACAGUAUAAAGACCAGAAGCAAAGAUAAAUUGUCACAUCAAGAAAAAUCUACUAGAAGCUCUAUUAGAAGUUCUACUAGACAAAGACAACUACGUGGUACAAAAACAGAAAGUGACAAUCAAAACAAGAAUAUUUUGGAAGAAAAUAUAGAUUCUAGGUCGAAAAGAACAAGAAAUUUAAAGAAACAAAAUUCAAGUAGUUCUAAAAAAUUGGAAGAGCCCAGUAUUGAAAUAUCUGAACCACCAAAGAAAAAGACUAAAACUUCCAAAAACAUAAUUCUAGUGAAACCUGUUGUAGAAAAAUAUAAUUAUGAGGACGAUGAAGAUUGGUCAAUUGUAGGAAUGGGUCCCCAAAAUUAUGAUAUCACUUCUAAAAUUAGUACUAUUGUGACGAAACUUGCACAUAAAAAUAAAUUAGAGGAACAUAAUGAAAUAAAAAUGGAUUUAACAGAUAAAUUAAUGUCAAUGAAUAAACUUUUUAUAAAAGUUAUUACAGAAACACCUAAAAGAGAUGAUUACGAAAUUAUAUUAGAUGAAUUAGAUAUUGUCUUAAAAAUGAAUGGUUCUAAAAAUGAAUUCAUUUCGGUUCUGAGAGGGAAUAAUGAAUUAUUAAUAAACUUUAGAAUUUUAUUUAAUAUGAAGUUAGAUGAAUUGCAUAGGUUUGAGCUUUAUGAUAGUUUUCAAAAAGUUUUUAAAUCCAUAUAUAAUUGCUUUUUUAUUCCAGAUUUAAUUCCAUGGUCUAGAGACAAAUCCAUAGAUGAUACCUCCAAAACAAAUAACAAAGAUCAAGCAAAUAAUUAA